GACUGAAGUGUCAUCGGAUCCCCCACGGGAUAUCGUGCCGGACGAGAGUGAGAAACCCAGAUAACAAGAAGUAUUUGGCCACACAGUUUUGGCCAGGACAUCAGAGGCAUCAGAACAGGUCAAUAAAAAAAGAUGCUAAUGUUUGACCCAGUCCCUAUCAAGCAAGAAGCCAUGGAGCCUGUUUCAGUGUCAUACCCGUCCAAUUACAUGGACCAAAUGAAGCCAAACAAAUACAGCGUCAUUUAUUCUACACCAAGUAUGUUGCACAAUAAAUUCUACUCAAACCCUGAAGGACUAUCAAAUGGAAUCCAGAUGGAGCCAGUAGACCUUACGGUGAACAAACGGAGCUCACCACCUUCAACUGGAAGUUCUCCUUCCCCCCUAAAAUUUCAGACUGUGCAUAGGAGAACUUCACCUGGAUUGACUAUGUCCUCACCCAGCUCACCUCUCAGUAAAUUCACACCGUCACCCCCAGGAGUACAGCCUAUCUCCAUGCCAAUAACAAUCCCACCUGUAAUGGCCGCUGCUCUUUCACGCCACGGACUGAGAAGCCCUGGAAUACUCCCGGUUAUACAGCCUGUUGUGGUCCAGCCGGUUCCUUUCAUGUAUGCUCCCCAUCUUCAGCAGCCCAUCAUGGUGUCCACAGUUCUUGCAGAUGAGAUGGAAACUCCAAGUAGCAUGCAAGUGCCUGUCAUUGAGUCUUACGAGAAGCCUACACUGAAGAAAACAAUCAAAGUAGAGCCAGGAAGUGAACCAUCGAAGACUGACUUCUAUCCUGAACAAAUGUCACCUCCAGUGAUGACCCCAUUGUCUCCCCAGCAAGUAAUGUUGCAAGAGAAUCACCCUUCAGUUAUAGUUCAGCCAGGAAAGAGACCUUUACCUGUGGAAUCUCCGGACACGCAAAGAAAACGCAGAAUACAUCGAUGUGAUUAUGAAGGCUGCAACAAAGUCUACACUAAAAGCUCCCAUCUGAAAGCUCACAGAAGAACCCAUACAGGUGAAAAACCGUACAAAUGCACGUGGGAGGGAUGCACGUGGAAGUUUGCUCGUUCUGAUGAACUAACGCGGCAUUUCCGCAAGCAUACAGGAAUCAAACCUUUUCAGUGCCCAGACUGUGACCGUAGCUUUUCACGUUCGGACCAUCUGGCUCUUCACAGAAAACGCCACAUGCUAGUCUGAAUGUCUUCUGUCCCUGACUCCUGUCACACUUUUUUUUUUUUUUCACACAUGCAUUUUAAUUUGGAUUCAGCUGGUCUGAAUCUCUGAGUUUAUACCAUUAAAAGCUUACGUAUGGUCAGUAACAGAUGUUAUCUAACCCUUCUAUGUCCUUGCCACGGGUCAGACCUAAAGAAUGUGAACAAUUUUUUUUUUUUCUCCUGGGGAUGCUAAGCAAACCCUUUCUGCAGACAGUAUGUUUAAUGUAUUCCAUGUGAAUAAGGGAAUUUGUAAACUAACAGCUUUUGUUGGUUUCUUCAUAUAAUCAACCCCGCAUAUACUGAUAAAGUAGUAAAUGUUACUGAAUAUCCAAAA